AUGGGCGUGGAGGCGACGGUGCAGGCCCUGCUGGCGGCCCUCAGGGCCACGAAGGACACUGCAGCCUGCGUCGAAGGCCUCCGCCAGCUGCGUCGCUUCUCUCAGGAGGCCCGCCACAGGGGCGUGGUGGUGGAAUACUUCAGGCAGUCGCCGGGGGCCUCCGAGCUGCUGGCUAUCUAUGACGAGCAGGCGCACGCGAAGAACCACGUGGUCGUGGGGGAGCUGUGCCUCCUGCUGCGGCGCAUGUUCGACAUGACCUUCGAGGGACAGGCAGAUCAGUGGGGCACCAAAGGCAUUCAGCACCUGCUGGAUGACUUGGCGUAUGCGUUGAUGGACAAGCGAAUGAAGGCGUUGUGCACAUACAUAGCAGGCGAUUCUCUUGCCCGUGCAAAUGCUGCAUGGCUUCUGCUUGGUGCCCUUGCGCGGAGAGGGCCUGGGGCUACAGCAGCACUGCUGGACACAUUUGAACUUCCUUCCAAGGCCGUAGGGUCUGUGUCCAAAUCCCAAUGUGAAGAAGGCAAUGCCCACUCCUCUGUCCGGUUGACCAAGGAAAGGAAGGUGGAUGUAGACGACCUGAAGAGGAUGCCAAGCAGGGAUUGCUUCAUCGACUUUGUGUUGUCUGUGCUGCAGUACUGCCACCCCAGCUUCAUCCCUUCCAUCCUUGGUACGAGGUCACUGAAGGCUGGCCUGCUGUUCAACCUCUCUCAGGAUGACUCAGCAACAGCUGUGAAGAUUCUGCAGGGUCUGGAGCAAUGUCUCCCCCGUCUGCCAUCCACAUCAGCCCUGACUUGCAAAUUCGAGCUGUUUGAAGGUCGUGUUCUGGAACAGCUCGCCGUGAUGUCUGCAUUUCCAUUAGGAAGGGUGGAACAGUUGGCAGGGCAAAUGGCGCACAACUUGCUUUCACAAGUGUGCACCGAACCAAGCUAUGGUUUACUGCCUCCCCGGGACUGCAGCAUUGAGGAGAUAUCAGCCCAACGUGGAUUCAGGCGUCUGCUGUCCUUCCUCCCAAAACUGCAUCCCUUCAGGUGCCUGUCAGAUGUGGAGCUCAUCGUAAAGAUUGGUAAAGCAUGCCCCAGGUUGGCUGCAGAGUACAUCGGUAUGAUGGUCUUCAAGCCUGAGGAGCACAAAUCACCUGAAUGGUUCCCAGCUAUGGGCCUGACAGUGCAGCUAAUUCCUCUGUGUUCGGCCUGUCGGAAUGAGCUUGUUGCAAAACAAGCUAGAUCCAGGGUGGAAUGUCAAGAUCCUGAUGGAUUGCUCGACAGGCUGAUUGCAUGGACGGUGCCACCAAGAUUAGAUAAGGCGUGCCUGGCCAAGCUCAUACAAGUAGAUGAUCCCCUUGUAGUGUACACAGUUGCGGGCACAGUCCUCCAGUUCCUUCAGGCCCUUGGACCCAUCUUGGAUGACCCUGGGGUUGGUGAUGCGACCAAGGCCAGGCUGCGGCCCCGACUGGCUGCCCUUGUGCCUGGCACCCAGCUGCUCCUAGGUGCACAUGGGGCGCUGGUAGGGAAGGUCAGCCAGGCAGGUAGGUCACUACAGGAAGGCUCCGGAGAGGCUGAUGGCCGUGUGAGGGCACUUGCAGCGAUUCUUGCCCUUUUUGAGGCCUAUUGGAAAUGGCUGCCAGCAGCAAUGAGGGACAUGGAAUUCGGUGAAACCUCUUUGUGGCCUGGGGAUAUUCUGCAUGCACCACAGUCGAUACAGCUGGGCAUAUUGGCAGCCCUGUCAGCCGCCAGCACAGCUGCCAUGUCUACCUCUUCAGGAUUCAGGCACCAUCCUACGACAGUGAACCUGGCACUGAGAGCCUUCACUGGCACCUCUUCUCAGGAGAUCUCUGCAUCAGCCCAGGGCCUCCUUUGCCGUUGGCUGCAAGGCACCGGCGUGGCAGUGGGCAGCCAAGAGCUGGCCAUGUGGCUGGGACAUCUCCCCAGGGUGGCCACAUCUGGGCCAGAGAAGGACCAGCAUAAGGCAAUCACACAUUUCGUCCAGGUUGUCAUCCUCUCGGUCAUGAAUCAGCCGCUGGAGAUGCAGGGCCUCAGGGCACAACUUAUUCAGGCCAGUGGGCUGAAGGGUGGUGCUGAAAAUUGCCCCAGCCUAAUGGCGCUCUGCGCACUCGACACGGCCAUCAUUCACGCAGAGGCCAACGACACACAUCCAGCGCAAAAGGCUUGGGUCACGAGCUACACUGCCAUGGUGCUAAAGAGUCUUUUCCACAGUGUGAGUCAUCCUGUGGCCUACGCACUGCUUCUCAGGGAGGUAUUGCUUCAGCAUGCCACCCGCUCCUAUCCCCUCCUGCCUGAUCCCCUGUCUGGGCAGGAAGGGAAGGACCGACAAACGACACUGAUGUGGCUGCUGCCACCUGAGGGGCACCCGCUCAAAUCCAUGUGGAAGUCGAUGCAAGACUGGUUCCUAUCGAUGGAGGAGGCGAACCCAGCACUACUGCAGCAUCUCAUUCUGGAUUCCGCAGUGCCAGAAACUCCAGAAGACCCGUACACCAGGGUUGUGAGCCCAGCGUACACCGAUCUGUGCAGGCGUCUGAAGGCUAAGCUGCUGAAGGAUUGUGUGAUUUGGUGCGCCGAACUGCCGCAUGCGCAUGUCCAGGCGCUGCGAAUGUGGAUUCCACACAUGGAGGGCGGGGAGCCCAGCUCAUGCUAUUGGAGGCCAAACCUGCCCCACAACCUCAUGUUCUAUGCGCCCAAGGAAAAAUGCAAGGAGACCCUGUGGAAAACUGGUCCUAACCCUCUGCUGGAUCCGAUUGUGCUGUUCACGGUCCUGAUGUGCAUGCCCGCUGAAGAUGCAAUGGAAUUUUUGAAGGCAAUCGUUGACAAAUACCCCAGGCGCAGGCUGGGUGCAUCGUUCUGGAGGGCAUGUGUGAAGGUCAUUCGGGGGCAUUGCUUUCCUAAGGAUGACAACAUGCCAGCAUUGACAGAUGCGUUGAGGGCUGUGCAGUCGAGGGGCAGGGCAUUUUCGAAUGUUUUGUCUUUUUCAACGAUGGUUCAGUUGUCCUUUCAGUGCCCAGGGCUCCUUGACGUCAAAGCCACAUGGGUGGACAUGACACACCUGGUGCAGCUGAUCCCUGAGCAGUGGCUUGCGGCCGCAGUCCAGCUGCUCUGCAGUGGGCUUAUAAAGUGUGGCACGACUCGUGCAGUGCGUUGCAUGUUUGCCCUCAUCGGCGAAUGUGUCCUACCAAAAGAUGGAUUUCAGCAUCAUGCAGCGGUUGCUGUGCUGGGGCAACCCUGCACUUGGGGCUUGUACUUACUCGACAAUGGUGCUGUCGACAAGGUCUUUCGCACCAAACUGAUGGAUCUUCUGAAGCAAAUAACAGAAAGGACUUCUGAGGCUUGUGAGGAAGGCAUGGACUCAGACUGCAGGUCCACAGUAGUAAAAUACCAAAAAGGUGCGGUGGCUGCACUACAAACGGCAUGCCCUGAUGGGGCCUGGACGGAUCGGACAAUGCGAUGGGUGCAGCACGUUGCACAAAUUGGGGGCUAUCUGGAUCCUGCACUGAAGGAUGACGUGGCGAACUCAGUGCUGGAUCUUCAUGAAUGUCUGGCAGCUGCUGGACAACAGCCUGACUCCAAGAAUGACCCCAUGCCCCACAUUCUGGAGCUGCUGGAUUCUGUGGCGAUUGAGCUAUGUGCCAGGGCCGAAAGCUCAAAAACAGUCAAGCGGAUCUUAGAGUUUUCGUGGAUGCUUGGGGAGGAAUCAAAAGCAGGGCGGUGCCUGGCAGGCAGGCUUUUGGAGACAGCACUGCAUGCGCAUGUGCCUCUGUGGCAGGCCUCGAAUCGAUCUUCACCACAUGAAAUGCUGCAAUGGUGUCUUAAGCCGCCAACCACGAAGUGUACUCAAAUGAUCGCCCCGUUGCUGAGGACCCACCCACUGUGCCGGACUUUAUUUGCAAGCAAUAUAGCAAAAUACAAACUGAACAAAGAGCAGCUCGCUCUUAUGCUCCCUGCCGCUUUGAGUUACCUUCAAAUGCAGGCCAGCUCUAGGCACGCCGAAUGCAGGGCUGGAGUCGCAGCAUCCUCAGACCCUGUUGUCGCAGCAUAUCUUGAGCCAAUGAUGGCUUAUGCAGCUCGCACCUGGCACAUGCCUGUAGAUGAUACUGCCAAUGUCUCCAGCUCAGGAACAUCUUCCAGGGCGAUCGGAUCUUCAUUGGAGAAUCUGCCAGGGCAAGCACCGCAAUCUGGGAAGGUCGACGAUGCCACGGAGAAGCCGCUGAGCAACACAGCCCUGAAGUGCUUGCAUCAAUAUGCCAUUCCUGUUCUUAUGCACUGCCUAGCAGCACGCCCGUGGCUGGCAUCCCAGCAAAAGAAAGUGAUGAAAAAGAUCUUGUGGCCUUCGGGAUGGCCCCUGGAUGAUUCAGAGACUGAGCCUUUUGCCACUCGAGCAGAGCAGGCAGCACUGGCAGCAUUCCUUUUGAUGCAGAGAUCAACAACUUUUGGUCAUGCAGAAUCUGGAUACAAGGCCUUCUUGGAGGACCUUGCAACAUUUUUCUGCAGCUGUACAGCCACCUUGGCAGCCAUGAGACACCAAAAGCUGCAGUUGUUGGAAGAGAAAGCUGCUUUUGAGCAGCAGUUGUGGGCACAUAUAAAUGGCUUCGUGAGAGAGAGGAUCGCAGAGUUGCCUGAUUCCCAAAGAGUAACAGAGACUUUCAACAAGGUAAUUCAUGGAAUGCAGAGUUUGGCAGAGACAUUAGUUAAAUACGAGUUGGAUGAUGCACUCAUAAUGGGUUCCUUACGACGGUUUUUUGAGGCUGCUUUGCCCCAGUCGCAUCGUUGUGGAGAAAGGCAAAGCAAGGGAUCGAAUGAGGCCAUCGACUCUCAUCCAUCAUCUGAUGACGACCAGCACAUGCCUGAUGCUGAUGUAGAAGGUGCAGAUGGGGACUGCGUGGCGGGGACUGUACAGACUGGGCCCAAGGAACAGGUGGAAAUCAACAAUCCCUUUGCUGCAGCCGUGGCAGCAGAGGUUUUGGAUGCCCUAUGGGCAAACCCGAAACUCAUGGAGCACAUGAAGGCCUAUGCUCCAAUGCCCUUGGCAGUAACAGCCUCACAUCCGAUUUCAUCUCUUUCAGCUGUUGUCAUGGAUGCAAGUAGAAGAACAGAGGAACAAGAUUGGGCCAUGAACACAUCAAAUGACAUCGGGACUGAGUUGGGGCGACUGAUGGCCAAUCUGCUAGCUGUCCAGACAAGGUUUGGAAUUGGGCUGGGAACCGAAGAACCCAACGUUGCAACACACAAACAACGCCUUGUUUCGCUACUGUCUGUGUACCAAGCAACAUUGAGCCCCAAAGACGUGGCCAUACGACAGUCCAUGCUCAUCUUGGAGGAAUGGAUCACCAGGCAAUCUCCUUUGGCUGCAUCUGAAUCUCAGGGCAUUGGCAAAACGCAGCAAUUGAGACAUGAGCCACUUUUGCAUCGGCGAUUUUUGUGGGGUGGAAUGGCCGAAGCUGUGCACAAAGAGUGCAAUAGGUUGGACGAGAAGCUCAGUCAUGACCCUCCGAUGAGCCAGACAGCCAACAUUGGUGCAACUGCACCGGAUGCCAACAGUCAUCUGGGAAUUUCCACGGUUUCUACAGGUGGCUGGAGAAGCCUGAUUCUCAACAGGGCUCCUGUGGAUCCUGUGAGGUGUGCUUGGACUUGUGUGCACUAUCCAGAGGAAGCAGAUGUGCCAUCCGAUGGCAAUGUCUCGGCAGGGCAUGACCUCGCCACGUUUGCCUGCUACGACCCUGCCCAUCUACUGCCCUUCUGUGUGCAUAUCAUGGAGGACAGGCUACUUGCACCCAGCUUGUUCUGCAAGUGGGGCCUCCUGGCACUUUGUUUCAGGUCCCUGUCUGCUGCCAAUGGGCAUAUCAGGGAGCUGGCAUAUGGCAGCCUCGAGCUGUUCUUCUCCAACCUCCAGUCCCAGGGUCGCUUCCAGGCCAAGGACCACAUCUUGGCCCUCAUGAAGUUCUUCCGGAGGGGCAUAGUCCAGACCAACCAGCGCCUGCCCUCCAUAUCGACAAUGUUCCUUGCAGAGGCCUCCCUUCAGCUCCUCAACCCAGAUGGCCCGCUGACGUCGAUGCUCGUGGAGCUGCUGCGGCGUUCUGCCCUGGACACCACGUGCGUACCCCUGUUCAAUAGGAUACUCACGAGUGGGGUGCAGGAGUGUGGGCAGGAGCAACAGUGGUUGCUGCAGAUGCUCUGGGCUGGACUCAAGGAAAAUGGGGUUUCUGACGUCUACAGGCGCCGUUGCACAAUCGAGAUGGUCAUGACCCUCUGCCACUCAAAACUGGCGCAGCCCACAACGCGUGGGCUUGCCUUGAGAGUUGUGCAUCGCGUUACUGCUGUUCCAAAGCUGGCAACCUUCCUUGCUGAGCAUUCAGGCCUUGUGACAUGGCUUGGUGAUGUGGUGGGCGAGACUGCCUGCCCACCGCACGGCUCUAACCCCAAUCGUCCAGCACUGGUGCCAAAGGCAAAAGACGGCCACCAGGCACCCUUCCCAUGGGCUGACCAACCUCCAGCCAUGGCCAGCAUCAGCGCAUUAACGCAACUCCUCACCGAUCGCGUGGGUCUCAGGGGCCCAAGGGCAGUGCAUAUCCUGGACGAGUACAUACACGCUUGCUGGAGGAUGUGCUCUUGGCUGGUGUCCCGGUGUAAAGCAUGCUGGGAGGGCCCAGCCGGGGUGGGCCAGGGUGAGACAGAGUGCCGGGAAACUGCAGAGGGAUGCUCAAAUAGACUUGCAAGUGCAGAAAUGCCGUUGUCCAGCUUUGGUAGGCUGAAAGCAUUGUUUCGAAAGCCGAAAAAAGUAAUCGAGCAAGGCUCCCCAGGGACGAUCCCUGGCGGCUUGGGGGACGUGGGAAGCGUGAAGCAUGGGGAAGAGAGUCUGGACACCUUGUCAGACGCCAUUCAGCUGGGUUGGGGGGAAGGGCCUGAAGAACAUAUGUGGAUGGCCAUCCUUCGGUUCCUGGAUCUCCUGUUGGAUGCCUGCCACGAACGUGGGCUCAUGACGUUUACCCACGUGAUGCAGUAUUCCGAUAUGUGGACGGUCGUGCGAUAUUUUGAGCAUCCAGAGUGCCCGCUGGCCAAGGACUCCCUGGCGCUGCUGCUUGAAGUCGUGCUGAAGCUGAUUCCAGGAAGCGGUGCAA